AUGGUUCACCGGCCAGGGGAAAAGCUCCAACGAGAUUGCGCUAGAGCAGUUUGCGGAGAGUGGCGAAACUUAUGUGGAGAGGGUGGACAAUGCUGUGAACCGCGAUACCUUCUACUACCAGCUCAUGUCCUUCGUAGACGAAGUGUUUCACCAAGAGCGUGGACAGAACAUGGGCAUGCCAUGGGCCUACUUGAACAAGGGCCCGGCGGACACCGUGCGGAAUGUUGCCUUGCUAGACGACAUCUACCGGAAGGCAGGGAUGAAGCCGCGUGGUUCGGAGACACUGCCGCCUGA